AUGUCCUCCUCCACCGGUGUCGACUCUCACAACACGUCAGCUCAUAAGCUGAAUCGUGGGAAACAACAACAACAAGAAGAAUCUAUUUCUACAAAUGUUGAUGAUAUUGAAAUUAUUGAUGAUGAUCCAAAUAAAGUCUUAGCUAAAGAAGUUGAUGAUUUAAAAUCAUCAUUAUUACAAUUAGAAUCCAUAGUUGCACCAAUUGUUUUCACUUUAUUAGGUUUUGUUACUCGUAUGUAUCGUAUUGGUGUUAAUAAUAAUGUUGUUUGGGAUGAAGCUCAUUUUGGUAAAUUUGGUUCUUAUUAUUUACGUCAUGAAUUUUAUCAUGAUGUUCAUCCUCCUUUAGGGAAAAUGCUUGUUGGUUUAAGUGGUUAUAUUGCUGGUUAUAAUGGUUCUUGGGAUUUCCCAUCUGGUCAACAAUAUCCAGAUUAUAUUGAUUAUGUUAAAAUGAGAAUUUUUAAUGCUACUUUUAGUGCUUUAGUUGUUCCAUUAGCUUAUUUCACUGCUAAAUCAAUUGGAUUUUCAAUUCCAAGUGUUUGGUUAUUUACCAUUAUGGUUAUUUUUGAAAUUUCUUAUGUUACAUUAGGUAAGUUUAUUUUAUUAGAUUCAAUGUUAUUAUUUUUCACUGUUUCAACAAUUUUCACAUUUGUUAGAUUUCAUAAUGAAAGAUCAAAACCAUUCAGCAGAAAAUGGUGGAAAUGGUUAUUAUUAACUGGUAUUUCAAUUGGUUGUACUUGUUCAGUUAAAAUGGUUGGUUUAUUUGUUACUACAUUAGUUGGUAUUUAUACUGUUGUUGAUUUAUGGAAUAUGUAUGGUGAUAAUUCAUUAAGUAGAACAAAAUAUUUAGCUCAUUGGACUGCAAGAGGUUUUGCAUUAAUUGUUAUUCCAUUUAUUGUUUUCUUAGUUUCAUUUAAAAUUCAUUUUGAAUUAUUAACUGGUUCAGGUCCUGGUGAUGCUAAUAUGUCUUCAUUAUUCCAAGCUAAUUUAAUUGGUUCAAAUGUUGGUUUAGGUCCAAGAGAUGUUACUAUUGGUACUUCUACAGUUACAAUUAAAAAUCAAGGUUUAGGUGGUGGUUUAUUACAUUCACAUAUUCAAACAUUCCCAGAAGGUUCAAAUCAACAACAAGUUACAACAUAUGGUCAUAAAGAUGCUAAUAAUGAAUGGAUUUUCCAUAGAGAAAGAUCAAGAGAACAAUUCAAUUCUACUCGUGAUCAACGUGAAUAUCUUGUUGAUGGUAUGUCUGUUAGAUUAUGGCAUCGUUUGACAACAAGAAAUUUACAUUCUCAUGAAAUUCCAGCUCCAAUUUCAAGACAAGAUUAUGAAGUUGCAGGUUAUGGUGAUUUUGAUCAAGGUGAUGAAAAAGAUGAUUGGAUUAUUGAAGUUGCUCAUCAAUAUGGUAGUGAAGAUAAAUUAAGAAUUCAUCCUUUAACUACUUCUUUUAGAUUAAAACAUAAAGUUCUUGGUUGUUAUUUAUCUCAAACUGGUAAUCAUUUACCUGCUUGGGGGUUCCGUCAAGGUGAAGUUACAUGUGUUAAAAAUCCAUUUUCAAGAGAUAAAAGAACUUGGUGGAAUAUUGAACAUCAUGCAAAUCCAAGUUUACCAGAUCCUGAACCAGAUUUUAAAUUACCAAAAACAAAUUUCUUUAAAGAUUUUAUUCAAUUAAAUUUAGCAAUGAUGGCAACAAAUAAUGCAUUAGUUCCAGAUCCUGAUAAACAAGAUGAUUUAGCUUCUGAAGCUUGGCAAUGGCCAACUUUAAAUGUUGGUAUUAGAUUAUGUGGUUGGGGUGCUGGUAAUCCAAAAUAUUUCUUAAUUGGUUCACCAGCUACAACUUGGACUUCAUCAAUUGGUGUUAUUUUAUUUGCAUUACUAGUCUUGUAUUAUUUAAUUAGAUGGCAAAGACAAUUUAGAGAUUUUAAAGAUGAUAAAAAAUUAAACUUAUUUUUAUUAGGUGGUAUUUAUCCAAUGUUUGGUUGGGGUUUACAUUAUGUUCCAUUUAUUAUUAUGGCUCGUGUUACUUAUGUUCAUCAUUAUUUACCAGCUUUAUAUUUCGCCAUGUUGAUUUUCACUUAUUUAAUUGAAUUAGGAUUUGCUAGUUCAAGAACACCAAUUAAAUUUAUCAUUUAUUCUUCAUUAUAUGUUUUAAUUAUUGGUAUUUUCUGGCAUUUCAGUCCAAUUUCAUUCGGUAUGGAUGGUGAUCCAGAACAAUAUAGAUAUUUGAAUUGGUUAUCAUCAUGGAGAAUUGCAUAA